GGCAGAGGGUGCUGAAUGCUCCAAGGAGAGACCCAGGAGGUGAAGCCGUGUGAGCUUCUUGCCCUGAACAAGUCUGCUCCAAGGGAGAGGAGGCUCCCCAAAGUCCUGCCUGGCUUGGUGGGGAGCAGUUCCAGAGCAUCGCCCGGGGACCCCGUGACAGCUGUGAACAGAAGUAAGCAUCGCUGUGGGGGGGGGCUGUGCUCUCUCUGCCUGCUGAGCGUUCUCCAGCACUCCGCAUCGUCAGGCACGCAGUGCUGAGCGGCGUCUCCCCGGCCAGGCUGAGUGGGAACGGGGGCUUGGGGAGACCCUGUGCGUAUUCGUCUGAGCAUAGAAGUAAGCAGCAUUGUUGGGUGUGAGGGUCUGGUCCAGGAGCUGCCCAGUUGAAAUCUAGUCUGUAUACACAAAGCAGUGUGAGUCCUGUGCCCAGUGCCGUUUCCCCCCACAGGCUUCUCAUUUAGUGCUCUCUGUGGGCAGUGGGUGUGUGAAAACCCCCACGAAUGGGGAGACAGCCACUACCUGUACACCCAGUGCCUGCCUGCCUGCCUGCCUUGGGAGAGAGGAGGAGGUUUUCUCUCCCCCACCUGUAGCACUGGGGGGAAACUCCAUGCACAGGCCUGAGUUUCUGGCAGAGCUGAUGAGUGGGGAUAUAGUUCAUGUCAGGCUGCUUUGGCACCUGCAGUUUGACCAAAUUCAGCCUCAUUUCCUGGAGAAGUGAGUGUAUUCGUUGUGCAGGAUUUAAAGUGCUGCUGGUCGGGGGGCAGCUUCCAGCAGGUAGUGACAGUGCCCUGUGGCAGAUUAUCCCCUGCCCCCACUGUUCCUUCCCCUUGGGUGCAGCGUGUGGUUUGCUAAACUGUGCUGGACGGGGCCGAGGGGCCGGUAUUGCUCCCCUGGGCUGUGAUGGCUGCUGAGGGGCUGUGCCCCUAGGAGUGGCUCAGCCCAUCCUCUGGGUGUAACACCCUGGCCCUGAGCUCAGCUAGUGCAGCUCCCUUGCUGCCGAGAGGGAGGCCCCUCCGGCUGGUGCAGAAGCAAGGAGCUGGGAUUAGGAGAACCCAAAGAAGCCGGCUGUGUGUGGCUCCCAGGCCUGUUUGGCUUCUGGACGUGGCAGGUGCUGCUGGGGGAUAGAGCUCAGCAAAGGCUGGGAAGCACCAGAGAGCUCUCAAAUGCAAAGCCCUUUGCAGGCAGCUUUCCCUUGAGUCCGUCGGGCCUUGUGGGCACCAAGUGGGCGCGGCGCUGUGGAGGGGCGGCUGGGGGCUUUGCAGGGAGCUGAUGUGCCUCUGGGCUCUGCAGCGCUCGCACCCAGAGCCCUGCCCAGGCCGUGCCGAACGAUCGAGGAGCGUGUCUCCUCCCAGCGUGAGCAUCCACAGGAAGUUCCCCUAAGGCGGCAAUUAGCCCUCGCCCUGAGGAGUCCGUUAAUAUCCCCUGGCCUAUCCCUCUUGUGGAGUCUUAAUGAUCCCGUUCAGUUCCUGUCGCUGUGCGCAGGUCUCCGCAGAGGGCGGCUGGGGCCUUCCCCAGAGGCAAAGGCAGGCGCGCAGUGCUGCAGUGACAUGCCAACAGCCAUGCUCCUCACCACCUCUCCCCACUCCUGGGGGUAAACAGAGCACUUGGAAAUACAUCUCCUGCCACAGCGCGCCAGGGACGUCUGUUGGCACCUGGAGUUUACCAAGCGGUGCAGUUAGUGUCUGGAGAGACACUGGCAUCCUCUCUGCCUGCUGCAUUUCCGAUGGGCCGGGGGAUAGCAGCCAGUCUGUGUGGGAACUGUCCAUCCUUGCCAAACAGCCUUGUGAGAGACCUUCCAUUGCUGCAGUGUGACUGGCCUGCUUCUGCUUGGACUGGUGCCACUGGCUUUGCCAUGGAUCUUCUCUUUGGUGUGAAUCCAAGCCAGCCCCAUACCAGCAGAGUGCUAGUCCCCAGAGCCAGCGAGCUAUUUCCUACCAGCCUGUCGCCCCUGCUGUCAGCCUGGGAAUGGGAUCACCUGCAGGAGGGAACCCCACAUGCUGCUUGUGUUGUGAAUCUGAAACAACUGGUUCCCUUGUGCUGGGAGUGAAGUGUGUGAGCAGUGUGGUCAGUUGCUGGGCAGAUGGUGCCCCGCGUGCUGUGUAUAUUCAGAUGCCGCUGUUCAGUGAAGGGCAGUGGUAGUGUUGUCCCACUCUUACGAGGAAACAGGCCAAAAUCAAACUGUCUCUUUCUCUUCAGUGAAGUGAACUUUUUGUUAUGAAUUGCGAGCAGGCGAUCUGGCCUUGCCGUCCUUCAGUAAAAUGGUGCUUCAGAACCCAGCCAGCUGCGUCCGGCUCCUCUUUGGCCCUUCCGCGCCCUUGGCCAGGCUGCUGCUGUGGGUGCUAAUGACAAUCACACAGUGUCAAGUGAACGGGGCAGAGCCUCCGGUGUGACUGGCUGCUGCACGGCGCUGGAUUCUCUAAAACUCGGCACUAUGAGCCCUGCUCCCUCAUCCUGUCUCUCCUUCGCACCCUGCAGCAGCGUCAGCCAGUCCAGCACAUGCACCCAAGCAAACGCAGCAUCUUGUCCCAGCUCAUUAACAUUUUUCUCUCUCACAGCGACCAUGAAGGCCUGAGGUGCCUGGCUGGGCAGGCCCAGGUGUCCAGGAGAUGCUGGCCGGGAAUUACUCUGCAUGGGAAGUGUUCACAGUGAUGUGCUGUAAUGUCACUGUCCUCUCAGCAAACCAGGUGUAGCCAGGUGCAGGAGCUGGGAGGGACACUAGGGCUUCCAGGAUCCCUCUCCCUGGCAGUUAGGACACUGCUCCCCAGGGCAGGAGCAGGGAGGUGCAGUGCCAUGCAGGGCUUGUCUGUGCCUUCCUCCACCUGUUCAGCUUUCUGCACUGGACACCAGCCCUGCCUCUGUCAUCCACUGUGCAAACACACUGAUCACCUUGUCACGGAGUGUGGGGGAUCCAGCCCUGCACCCCUCUUCCAGGGACCCACAGCGACUCUCAGCCAGCCAGUAAAACAGAAGGUUUAUUGGACAACAGGAAUGCAGGUUACAGCAGAGCUUGGAGGCACAGCCAGGACCCCUCAAUCGAGUUCUGCUGGGGUUCAGGAAGCUUAGUCCCCUGAAUUCCAACCACCCAGCCCAAAACCAAAACUGAACUAACUCCCUCCAGCCGGCCCCUUCCUUUGUCCAGCUUCCCGGGCAAAGGUGCUGACCCCCUCCCCCCUACCUGGCUCAGGUUACAGGCUUAGGUCCUGUCCUUCACCUAAAGACAUCCCCGGCUCUCCCAUCCCCCACACAGACAGUCCCUACUGCAUCACAUCGGGACACCCCCGUGGCUGGGGUACCAGCCCCCCCCCCCAUGACUCGCUGGCUGGGCCCAGAUCCCUGUCAGGGACACCCCAUGGCUGGGGCACCAGCCCCCUCCCUGCCCUCCGACUCACCAGCUGGGCCCAGAUCCCUGUCAGGGACACCCCCGUGGCUGGGGCACCAGGCCCCCCCGACUCUCUGGCUUGGCCCAGCUCCCUGUCAGGGACACCCCAUGGCUGGGGCACCAGCCCCCUCCCUGCCCUCCGACUCACCAGCUGGGCCCAGCUCCCUGUCAGGGACACCCCAUGGCUGGGGCACCAGCCCCCCCAACUCGCCGGCUGGGCCCAGGCGAUGGCCUCGGCUUGCUGCUGUUCCCCACAGGGAGCUUGCCAGUCUCAGGCCAUCUGCCUGUGGCUGGUGGCUUGGCUCUGGGAAGAGAUCCCCCGGAGAGCUGUGCCAUGCCCAGCGCGCUGGGGAACACCCUGCCCGUGCCCGGCGGGUGCUGAUCCUGACACAGAGGGAGGGGCUCGCUGCAGGAUCAAAAGCAUUAAUGGUGCCAGCAAGCGGGCAGGGGCCGGGACUGCCUGCAAGGAGCCAAAGUAGGGUGUGCCGGGCCCAACCCCUGGGCAGCAGUGCCCACCCCCUGCGCUGCGUGACUCCCAGGGGCCAUCCCACACCAAGCACCCAGCGGCUCUGGCUCAGAGCCAGGCAGCUAGGCACUGAUCGGCGCCAAUGGUCGCAUGUCAGGGUGGCCAAUGGGCAGAGCCAAGUGUCGUACGUAGGGACAGGCCUGGGUGCCCUGCACGGGCAGAGCUGGGCACUCCCUGGCACACGGCAUGGCCCCAAGCCCUGGGUCCCCGCCUGCAAUCUGUACCAGCCACAGCCUGAGAUCCCUGCCCCUGCCCAUGGCUGCAGUGCCAGGCCCGGGCAGGGCAGGGCUGGGCGCUCCUGUAGGCACCAGGGCCCCAUGCGCUCGCUCACAGCGGGGAGCUGAGGGCUGGCAGCUCAAGGGGCAGGGGCACACUCCCUCCUCUGCCCCGUGUGCAAGGCUGGGAGAGCCGCUGUACCUGGCCUCCCGCUCACCUUGGCUGAGCUGCGGGGCCCGCCCCACCUGGCACCGGUGGCGGGAGGAGGAGCCUGCAGGAGGGAACCUUUGCAGGAACAAACAGCCCAGCCCUGAGCAGACUGAGCUGGGAGUCGGCUGCUGCAGGCCCCUGCCAGGGGCUUCAGGACGGGCGUGUGCCCACCUGGCCAAGCGUGGCCCUUGCCAGGGACCCUGAGCAGCGAUAGCCAUACAGGUCGGACUCCGGUGCCUAUGGAGCUGCUGCUCGCUCUUCUGCUGCUAAUCCAGGUGCCCGGUGCGGCAAGUCAGGACGAGCCAGGCUGCUCCGCGGGCAGCUGCCACCCGGCCACCGGGAACCUGCUCAUCGGGCGGGCCCAGAACCUGAGCGCUACGUCCACGUGUGGGCUGUGGGGGCCCCAGGAGUACUGCAUCGUCAGCCACCUGCAGGACUCGGAGAAAUGCUUCUCCUGCGACUCCCGGUCCCCCUCUCUGCACAACAGCCACCACAUCCAGAACGUGCUGUACCUCAGCGGCCGGGACGGGCACCCCACCUGGUGGCAGUCGGAGAAUGGCGUGGAGCACGUCAGCAUCCGCCUGGACCUGGAGGCUGAGUUCCACUUCACUCACCUCAUCAUGAAGUUUAAGACUUUCCGCCCGGCGGCCAUGCUGAUCGAGCGCUCGGCAGAUUUCGGCCGCACCUGGAAGGUUUAUCGCUACUUCGCCUACAAUUGCUCCCGGCUGUUCCCGGCCGUGGCUGUGCAGGCGUCAGGCCGCGUGGACCAGGUGCUGUGUGAGCAGCGCUACUCCGAGAUCGAACCCUCCAGCCAUGGCGAGGUGAUUUUCAAGGUCCUGGACCCGUCCAUCCCAGUGGAGGAUCCGUACAGCCCAGCCAUCCAGGAUCUGCUGCGUGUCACCAACCUGCGGGUGAACCUGACCAAGCUGCACACGCUGGGCGACAACCUGCUGGACUCGCGGCGCCAGGUGCUGCACAAGUAUUACUACGCCCUCUAUGAGAUGGUGCUGCGUGGGAGCUGCUUCUGCUACGGCCACGCCUCCGAGUGCGCGCCCGCCCCCGGGGUGCCAGUGGGCGUGGAGGGCAUGAUUCACGGCCGCUGCAUCUGCAGGCACCACACCACGGGCCUGAACUGUGAGCGGUGCGAGGACUUCUACCAGGACCGGCCCUGGCGCCCUGCCGGGGGCACUGACCCGCCCGCCUGUCAAGGGUGUAACUGUAACCAGCACUCGCGCCGAUGCCACUUCGACAUGGCCGUGUACCUGGCCACGGGCAAUGCCAGCGGGGGCGUCUGUGACGACUGUCAGCACAACACGAUGGGCCGCAGCUGCCAGCUCUGCAAACCCUUCUACUACCACAGCCCGCGGGCCGACAUCCGGGCCAGCAGCGCCUGCGUCCCCUGUGACUGUGACCCGGUGGGCUCCCUGGACGGCGGAGUGUGUGACAGCCACACAGACGUGGCACUGGGCAUGAUUGCCGGGCAAUGCCGCUGCAAGGAACACGUCCAGGGCGUGCGCUGCGACAGCUGCAAGGAGGCCUUCUACGGGCUGAGCCGCACUGACCCACAGGGCUGCCAGCCCUGCAGGUGCGACCCUCGGGGCAUCAUCGCAGGCAGCCCCCCAUGCGACCACAUCAGUGGCGACUGCUACUGCAAGCGCUUUGUCAGCGGCCGGUACUGCAGCCAGUGCCUGCCCGAGUUCUGGGGCCUGAGCAACGACAUGGCCGGCUGCCGGCCCUGUGCCUGCGACUUUGGGGGCGCCUACAGCAACAGGUGCUCCAUGGAGGACGGGUUGUGCCCCUGCCGGCCCCAUCUCAUCGGGCGCCAGUGUGACCAGGUGCAACCCGGCUACUUCUGUGCACCUCUGGACUACUACAGCUACGAGGCGGAGCAUGCCACUGGCCACGCGCCCAGCCACUCCACGCUGCCAGGAGAACUGCGCCCUGAGGCCCCCCCGGACUGCCUGGAGUAUUCCAGUGGGCUUCCAAACGGGCGGAAGGGGCGUCUGCGACGCCAGCGCAGUGCCAUGCGGCUCCUGCAGCACCGAGCCCUGUCCCGGCGCGGUCGGCAGCCCCAGCACAAGCCCAACGUGGAAGUGGUGUCCCGGGAGCACGCAGGUCACAUGAUCACAUGGACGGGGCCCGGCUUCGCCCGCGUGCGGGAUGGGGCCGGCCUGUCCUUCCACAUCAGCAACAUCCCCUACGCCAUGGAGUACGACAUCCUGAUCCGCUACGAGCCCGAGUCCACAGAGGACUGGGAGGCCAGCGUCAGCGUCAGUGCCCAGGCGUUGCCCACGAGCCCUCGCUGUGGGAACGUGCUGCCCUCGGAGCAGAGGUACAGGGAGAGCCUGCCGCACACCGAGAGGUACGCCCUGCUGUCCCGGCCUUUCUGCUUUGAGCCCAGGAACCAGUACGAGGUCACCAUGCGGCUCCAGCGGGCGGGCAUGGCCCAGCGCCACCCGGCCGCCUUCAUCCUCAUCGACUCGCUCGUUCUUCUGCCGCGAGUGCUGGAGCUGCCGGCUUUCCAAGGCCACAGCCCGGCGGCGGUGCAGCACCGCAAGGAGCUGGAGCGCUACCUGUGCCAGGAGGCAUUCCGCAUGGCGACCAUGCCAGCGCUGGCCGAGAUGUGUGCCCGCCUGCUCUGCAGCAUCUCGGCCCUGCUGCACGAUGGGGCCCUGGCCUGCCAGUGCGACCCCCAAGGCUCUACCAGCAGCGUGUGCCAGCCGGUGGGUGGGCAGUGCAUGUGCAAACCCCACGUGAUCGGCCGGCGCUGUGACCAGUGUGUGCCAGGCACCUAUGGCUUUGGGCCCUCCGGCUGCAGCCGCUGUGCCUGCUCCCCUGAGGGCUCGGUCUCCAAACUCUGCGACCCCGUGAGUGGGCAGUGCCGAUGCCAGCACGGUGCCAUGGGGCGCCAGUGCGACCAGUGCUUGCCGGGCCAGUGGGGCUUUCCGGCCUGCCGGCCCUGCCAGUGCAACGGGCACUCUGAGGAGUGCGACGCUCACACUGGGACCUGCCAGCAGUGCCGCGACACCACCACGGGGCGCCACUGUGAGAGGUGCUUGGAGGGUUACUAUGGCGACCCGGUGCUGGGCUCCGGGCAGCAGUGCCGGCCCUGCCCCUGCCCUGGGUACCCUGGGACUCGGCAUUACCAUGGCAACUCCUGCCACGCCGACAAGGAGACCAAUCAGAUCGUCUGUGUGUGCGCACCAGGCUAUACAGGCCCGCGCUGUGACCGCUGCUCCCCUGGCUACUUCGGGGCCCCAGAGCAGGAGGGCGGGGGCUGCCGGCCCUGCCAGUGCAACAACAACAUCGACACCAGCGACCCCUCGGCCUGCGACCCCCACAGCGGGCAGUGCCUGCGCUGCUUGCACCACACGGCCGGGCCCCACUGCACGGACUGCCAGCCCGGCUACCAUGGCAAUGCCCUGCAAGGCAGCUGCCGACGUUGCACCUGUAACCAGCUCGGCACGCUGCCCACCCACUGCGCCUCUGGCACCUGCUCCUGUGACCGGCUCACGGGCCGCUGCCCCUGCCGUGGCCACGUGGUGGGCAGGAACUGCGACCAGUGCGGCCCCGGCUUCUGGAGCUUCGGUGGGGAGCAGGGCUGCAAGCCCUGCAGCUGCCACCCGGCCCACUCCCUGCAGCAGAGCUGCAACAUGUUCACAGGGCAGUGCCCAUGCCGGCCGGGCUUCGGGGGCCGCACCUGCGCCGACUGCCAGGAGAACCACUGGGGCGAGCCAGAGCAGGAGUGCCGGGCCUGUGACUGCGACCCGGCCGGGGCGGAGAGCCUGCAGUGUGAGCGUCUCAGCGGGCGCUGUGCCUGCCGGCCUGGCUUCACAGGGCAGCACUGCGACCGCUGCCUCCGCAGCUUCCAGGACAAUUUCCCCCGCUGCGACCGCUGCCCGCCCUGCUUCGCCCAGUGGGACCUGGCCCUGGCCCGGCUGCACGACCGGCUGCGCCAGCUGCAGGAGGGAGGCCCUGGGCCUGAGCUCAGCAACAGCCGCCUGCAGGCCCUGGAGAGCAAGCUGAGGCGCACGGAGCAGCUGGUUGGGGAUGGCAGCAGCCAGGGCACCCCCCUCCUGCGCCACCUGGGCCGCCAGCUGGACGACACCAGGGAGGACAUGGACGAGGUCUGGAAGCAGCUGCAGGCUGCGGAGGGGCGCCUGGACGGGCUGGCUGAGGCGGACGCGGAGCAGAGGGGCCGCCUGGCCAAUCUGAGCAGGGAGCUGCAGGAGCUGAACCGCACCCUCUCCCACCAGCAGGAGCAGCUGGCAAACUGCAAAGAGGCCAGCUUUUGGGAGUCCUACCGGAGCAUCCAGGCCUACUCUGAGAGCUCGACGCAGGCGGCGCUGCGGGCCAGUGCCUCGGUGCAGGGGCCAGCCAGCCCGGUCGGCCAGGCCCAGCGCACACGGCAGGCCGCGGAGGAGCUGCUGCACGACACCGGCAGCGCCUUCUGCAGGACCCUGGCAGCGCAGAGGAGUUUGCUGCGGGAGGCCCAGAAACGGGUGGCUGCGCUCAGCGUCUCCGGGCUCAACGAGAGGAUCUGUGGAGUGAAGGGAAAUCAGGAUUGCCAACAAGCCCCCUGUGGAGGGGCCUCUUGCCAGGACGACUCCGGGCAGCGGCGCUGUGGGGGCCCAGGCUGCAGGGGGGCGCUCCCUGUCUCCACACAGGCCCUGCGCACCGCCCAGGAUGUCUCACGCCAGUUGGAAAGCGCAGCCGGGCAGCUGGGCACCAUCGCCCUUAAGGUGCAGGAGAUCCAGGAGCUGGCCCGAGGCGCCAGGAGACGAGCCCAGGACACACUGGAUGGGUCCCAGGCAGCCAGAGGCCACAUGGAGGAGUCCACAGCCAGACUGCGAGAAUUCAUCCAGAAGAUCAAGGACUUCCUGGCAGAGGAGGGAGCCGAUCCGGAGAGCAUCGAGCUGGUGGCCCGGCAGGUGCUGAACAUCUCCCUGCCCAGCAGCCCCAGCAGCAUCCGACACCUGCUGCAGAAGAUCCAGGACAGUAUCCGGCAGCUGGACGGGGUGGACGCUGUCCUGAACAGCACAGCCCACGGCCUGGCUGCCGCCAAGGAGCUGCUCACACGGGCAGAGCAGGCCAGGGACCGAGCGGUGGGCGUGAGGGGGGUGAUCGUGGCCACGCAGGAGGUGCUGGUGGGGGCGAAGGUCCAGGUGUCCGUGGUGGGGCACGUGCUGAGGAGCACCAAGGAGACAGUGCGAGGUGUGGAGAGCAGCGUGAAGGAGGCUGAGCGCAGGCUCCGGGGGCUGCAGGAGAAGGAGUCGCAGGUGCUGCGGCCCCUGCAGGCGCUGGCGAAGCAGGUGGCUGCCCUGCAGGACAAAUCCAGGGCCAACCGGGGCCUGGCCAAGGAGGCCAAGGAGAAAGCGGAGCGAGCCGUGUCGGCCACGGGGGAGCUGGGCCAGGCACUGGCAGUGGUGACACCACGCUACGCGGCGCUGAAGAGCCAGGUGGGCGGGCUGGCCGGGGCCUCGGGUGCGGCGCUGCUCCGGGUGAGGCGGCUCCUGCAGGACGCCCAGCAGCUCCUGGAAAAGGCCAGCGGCAGCCAGAGGAAGCUGGAAGAGCUGGAGCGGCGCUUUGGGGCCAGCGAGGAGCUGCUGGAGGCCAAGGCCAGGCAGCUGCAGGUGCUGGAGAGACGAGUCUCCGGGCUGCUGGAGGAGAUCCAGGAGAAGACCAACGCCUACGCCACCUGCUAGUGCCCGGGCACCGCCUGCCGGCCUGACUGCCCAUCGGGACCCCUGCAGAGCCCCCUGCCCCCCCUUCCAGGCCCAACUGC